AUGGAAAACUUUAAUGAUUUAUUAUUUAAUAAUGCAUCAGCAGCAUCUGAUCUAGUAUUUGAUCAUAAUUUAACGUUAAUAACAUCACAAAAAAAUUGGCCUGUACUCUCUUUAUCAUUAUUGGGAAUUGUUGGAACAAUUGGUAAUGUUCUCGUUUGUGUUUCAAUUACAUUAGACAAACAAUUACAAACGGUGACAAAUUGGUUUCUAUUUUCCUUAUCGAUUGCUGACUGUUUAGUUAGUGUUAUUGUAGUACCAUUAGCAAUAGCCAAAGAUUUUGUUGGUAAGUCGAAUAAAUAA